AUGGGAUCUAAUCGCAAUUACGACUACCUUAUCAAACUCCUCCUCAUAGGCGACUCAGGCGUGGGUAAAUCCUGCUGCCUGCUACGCUUCAGCGAAGACUCCUUCACGCCCUCCUUCAUCACCACCAUCGGCAUCGACUUCAAGAUCCGGACGAUUGAGUUGGAUGGCAAGCGCGUGAAGCUGCAGAUAUGGGAUACCGCGGGCCAGGAGCGCUUCCGGACGAUCACGACGGCGUAUUAUCGCGGCGCGAUGGGGAUAUUGUUGGUGUAUGAUGUUACGGAUGAGAAGAGCUUUAACAACAUCCGAACAUGGUUCUCCAACGUCGAACAACACGCCACCGAAGGCGUCAACAAGAUCCUCAUCGGCAACAAAUGCGACUGGGAAGAGAAGCGCGCGGUUUCCACUGAGCAAGGCCAAGCGCUCGCCGACGAGCUCGGCAUCCCCUUCAUGGAGGUCUCGGCCAAGAGCAACAUCAACGUCGAAAAGGCCUUUUUCAGCCUCGCGAGCGAUAUCAAGAAACGCAUCGUCGACACGCAACAACCGCAGGCGCAGCAGCAACAGAGCGGUGUGCAAGUCGGCCAGGGCGGUGGAGUGGCUGGCGGAUUAGGCAAGAACUGUUGUUAA